GUUACAGAGACCGUCCAUAGCCUCGCGCUCCAUAACGUUACCGUGGGUCCAGGACGGAGCAGAUGUCCAGCAGAGGGGAGAUUGGACUGAUGAGCGGCCUGAAUCAAAACCCUGCAGCACCGACCUGUGGUAAACCUCAGGUGUUUGACUGGUGUCCAUCGCCACAGCAGCAGCAGUACUUAAACCUCACCAGCUGGGGGCGAAACAACACGACACAGACUCAGACCACUGCUGUUUCAUCCGUGCAUCCUCUCGUCCCUCUCCUCCUCUACAGUGACAGACAUUUCCCAUCAGCCUCCCCGCUCACUCAGCCAAUCAGCACAUCUGCUGCCGACCCGGCCGACGCCCACUCCAGGUCACACCCCUAUUACCACGGCAACAGUGUCACCAGCAGACAGGUGGUGAAGAAGCCUCUGAACGCCUUCAUGCUUUACAUGAAGGAGAUGAGACACAAAGUGCUGCAGGAGGGACGAGAGAGAGAGAGCGCCGCUAUCAACCGCAUCCUGGGACGCCGGUGGCACGCUCUGUCGCACUCUGAACAGUCCAAAUACUACGACCUGGCCCAGAAGGAGAGACUGCUCCACAUGCAGCUUUACCCUGGAUGGUCCGCCAGAGAUAACUAUGGGAAAAGGAAGAGGAAGCGCAGCCAACAGCCCUCAGGAAGCUGCUCCAGGCUCAGUUAA